GCCCAGCCGAACCCAGCCGAACCCAGCCGGGGCCGGGGUCUCCGGGCCGAGAUGCCCUACAAACUGAAAAAGGAGAAGGAACCUCCCAAACCUGCCAAAGGAGCACCCAAGCCCAGCAGCGGGGGCAAAGAUGGCAGCGGCGACGGCGUGGAGGAGCCUCCUCAGCCCCCGCAGCCCCCGUCCCAGCCGUCCAACAAGCGCCCGAGCAACAGCACGCCGCCCCCCACGCAGCUCAGCAAGAUCAAGUACUCGGGGGGCCCCCAGAUCGUCAAGAAGGAGCGGCGUCAGAGCUCGUCCCGCUUCAACCUCAGCAAGAACCGCGAGUUGCAGAAGCUGCCCGCCCUGAAGGACUCGCCGUCCCAGGAGCGGGAGGAGCUGUUCAUCCAGAAGCUGCGCCAGUGCUGCGUCCUCUUCGACUUCGUCUCGGACCCGCUCAGCGACCUCAAGUUCAAGGAGGUGAAGCGGGCGGGGCUGAACGAGAUGGUGGAGUACAUCACGCACAGCCGCGACGUGGUCACCGAGGCCAUCUACCCGGAGGCCGUCAUCAUGUUUUCGGUUAACUUGUUCCGGACCCUGCCACCCUCAUCCAACCCCACCGGGGCGGAGUUUGACCCCGAGGAGGACGAGCCCACGCUGGAGGCCGCCUGGCCCCACCUCCAGCUCGUCUACGAAUUCUUCCUCCGCUUCCUCGAGUCUCCGGAUUUCCAGCCCAACGUGGCCAAAAAAUACAUCGACCAGAAGUUUGUCCUCUCUCUCCUGGACCUGUUUGACAGCGAGGACCCCCGCGAGCGGGACUUCCUCAAGACCAUCCUGCACCGCAUCUACGGCAAGUUCCUGGGGCUGCGGGCUUACGUGCGCCGGCAGAUCAACCACAUCUUCUACAGGUUUAUCUACGAGACAGAGCAUCAUAACGGCAUCGCCGAACUGCUGGAGAUCCUGGGCAGCAUCAUCAACGGCUUCGCCCUACCCCUGAAGGAGGAGCACAAGAUGUUUCUCAUCCGCGUCCUCCUUCCCCUGCAUAAAGUCAAGUCCCUGAGCGUCUAUCACCCCCAGCUGGCAUACUGCGUGGUUCAGUUCCUGGAGAAGGAGAGCAGUCUCACCGAGCCGGUCAUCGUGGGGCUGCUCAAGUUCUGGCCCAAGACGCACAGCCCCAAGGAGGUCAUGUUCCUGAACGAACUGGAGGAGAUCCUGGACGUCAUCGAGCCGUCCGAAUUCAGCAAGGUCAUGGAACCGCUCUUCCGCCAGCUGGCCAAGUGCGUCUCCAGCCCCCACUUCCAGGUGGCGGAGCGGGCCCUCUACUACUGGAACAACGAGUACAUCAUGAGCUUGAUCAGCGACAACGCCAGCCGCGUCCUGCCCAUCAUGUUCCCCGCCCUGUACCGGAACUCCAAAAGCCACUGGAACAAGACCAUCCACGGCCUGAUCUACAACGCCCUGAAGCUGUUCAUGGAGAUGAACCAGAAGCUGUUCGACGACUGCACGCAGCAGUACAAAGCGGAGAAGCAGAAGGGCCGCUUCCGGGUGAAGGAGCGGGAGGAGAUGUGGCACAAAGUGGAGGAACUGGCCCGGCUCAAUCCCCAGUAUCCCAUGUUCCGGGCCCCCCCGCCGCUGCCUCCCGUCUACUCCAUGGAGACGGAGACGCCCACGGCCGAAGACAUCCAGCUCCUGAAGAGGACGGUAGAGGCAGAGGCUGUGCAGAUGGUGAAAGACAUGAAGAAGGAGAAGGUGCUGCUGCGGCGGAAGUCCGAGCUGCCCCAGGACGUCUACACCAUCAAGGCGCUGGAGGCCCACAAGCGGGCCGAGGAGUUCCUGACGGCCAGCCAGGAGGCCCUCUGACGCCCCCGCCCAGGGACCUUGCCCACCGUGGACGCCACUCGCCCCGAUCCGAGGCCCGGAGCCGCCGCCGCCGCCGCCCCUGCCCCCUGUC